AGAACGGAUUGGAGCACCGAUGCCGUUGCUAAUCUUGGAUCGUCCAUCCGAACCCUGGUACCCCCGACCUCUCCAGCCUACUCGUCGCCCUCAAUUCGACAUUUCCUCCUCUGGAUGAUUACUGUUAGUUUCUGCAUUGAAGGUACGGUUGUGUAAGUGAAUCAAGACAAUCAGUCAAAUGGCCUUAACCAACUUCAUACUCACUGUGGCGGGGGUCAGUGCUGUGAUUCUGCUGCUUAGGAGUGACGUCAAGCAAUCUGCCACCAUCUUCAGACGCAAUGUCCGACAGAUACGCCAUUGGCUUGAGGAAGAGUCUGCUUCUGCUGCAAAGGAGAUGGAGAAGGCAAAGCCAAAGGAGAUACCUGGGAAGGAUACACCCAAGGAGGAAAAGCACUAAUUUGGUCCUUGAAGCCUGGUUUAUGUAGGAAACUGUACAUUUUUGCAACCUGUCUUUGGCAUCUGGUCCGUCUUGUGUAAAUCUGAGAGCGUGGAGAGAGUUUUUGGUCUUGAUUAGAUAUAUUUUGUUUUUCUGAAGCACGGACUUGGGAUUCCAUAAUGCUUAACGUUUCUAGAAGUUAGGUUA